GAUGUUCUCUGCAUAUGCUGAUGCUGGUCACCAUGCCAGUCCUUAAUCUUCAUAAGUAGAGCCUGAAUCUCUCAGAUCUCAGCAACAGUCUCCCGUGCAGACGAUCUCCGAUUCCAUGGGAACGGCGAGAGGCAAUAGUUACAGCAUCGUUUCAACAGCUGAAGAGGGACUGAAAGUCUCGGCUUUCGGGCUGUACAAUGGGCACGAUCCGGGGCGGCACCAUCUGUCCUCCUUGGGUCCAGGGCUUGGAGGUGAAAGGUCAACGGGAGACGUGAGUGGAGGUACGGGGGUCAUGGUGGAGGUGCAGAGGAUGGAGAGCAACAACAACGGCAAGAUCGUGACCGGCAGGAGCAGAGCACCGAGGAGCCGCUUCGUCAAGAAGAACGGCCAGUGCAACGUCGUCUUCUCCAACAUGGAGGACAAGCAGCAGCGCUACCUGGCUGACAUCUUCACCACCUGCGUCGAUAUUCGCUGGAGGUACCUGCUGCUUAUCUUCAGCUGCGCCUUCCUGUCAUCCUGGCUCUUCUUCGGGGUGGUCUUCUGGGUGGUCUCCUGGGUGCAUGGCGACUUCGAGGUGCACACGGACGGCACGUCCCAUUUCGGGGGGAACCUAGACCUGGGAGGGGGACUGGGCCACAGCCUUGCACACAGGGAGGAGAACCACAAAGAGCGGAUGCCGUGUCUCCUUCACGUCCAGAGCCUCACCGGUGCCUUCUUGUUCUCCAUGGAGACCCAGACCACUAUCGGUUACGGUUUCCGGUGUGUGACCGAGGAAUGCCCCAUGGCUAUGAUGACCGUGGUCAUUCAGUCCAUCAUGGGCUGCCUCAUUGACGCCUUCAUGAUUGGGACAGUCAUGGCCAAGAUGGCACGCCCUAAGAAGAGGGCCCAAACGCUGCUCUUCUCCCACAACGCCGUCAUCGCCCUUAGAGACGGCAAACUCUGCCUGAUGUGGCGGGUGGGCAACCUGAGGAAGAGCCACAUCGUAGAAGCCCAUGUCAGGGCCCAGUUCAUCAGGCCCCACAUCACAGCAGAAGGAGAGUUCAUUCCUAUGGAACAGACGGACCUCAAUGUGGGCUACGAUGAGGGCAUAGACAGGCUUUUCCUUGUGUCCCCUCUCAUCAUCAUCCAUGAAAUUGACAAGGAGAGCCCGCUGUAUGGCAUGAGCAAAGCCAACCUAGAGAUAGAGGACUUUGAGAUUGUGGUUAUCCUUGAGGGAAUGGUAGAGGCCACAGCUAUGACCACCCAAGCUAGAAGCUCCUAUCUGCCUAACGAGAUCCUCUGGGGACAGAGGUUUGAGCCGUUGAUUUUCGAGGACCGGGACACGUACCAGGUAGACUACUCCCGGUUUCACAAGACCUACGAGGUGAGCUCCACGCCCCACUGCAGUGCCAAGGAGCUGAGCGAAACACCGAUCCAGUCAUCAACCCGCUCAUCACGCUCUUCAUCUCCCACUGGCCCCAACGCUGGGCACCACUUCAUGCCUCCUCACUCCCCGAGUGACUUCUGCUACGAGAAUGAGGUAGCCUUGUGCGAGGACGAAGGGGAACCUGAGAACGGAAGGAGUGGAGGUGCCUCAGACCAUCUCAUCCGAAAGCCUCUUUUCCAGGAGAGGCUCCGUGAGCAGGCCAGUGAGGUGCUGUGCGUUUUAGACAUGGAUGAUAAAGUAGAAUUUGAGCGACUGACAGCCAUUCCCCUCGAUCCACUCACCUACAGGAAGGAGUCCAAUAUCUGAUUGUCAAAGGACAAUU